UUCUGUUUCUUAAUAAUACCACAACUAAAAUGGCUAGCAAGCAGCAACAUCAGCAAGAUGAGCCACAUGGAGUUGACCUGGACUGCAUUCAGUUUUCCUGUUCGGUGUGUUUGGAUCUUUUGAAAGAACCCGUCACCAUUCAUUGUGGACACAGUUAUUGUAAAAGCUGCAUUGAGGAUUGCUGGGAUAGAGAGGAGGAGAAGGGUGAAUACAGCUGUCCUCAGUGCAGGGAGACAUUCAGCCAUCGGCCUGUUCUCAGGAGGAACAACAUGCUGGCUGAGGUUGUGAAUAAGCUAAAGAGCACAAAGCCAACAUGUCCUUCUCUGGUCUAUGCCAGCCCAACAGAUGUUGCCUGUGACUUUUGCUGUGGGAUCAGAAUCAAAGCCACCAUGUCAUGUUUGACCUGCUUGGCAUCUUACUGUCCCACUCACCUCGAGCCUCACUACAGCGUUGCUGUGUUGAAGAAGCACGAGCUGGUGGCAGCUACAGUGUCAAUACAGGAGAAAAUGUGCACCAAACACAGCAAGUUAAAGGAGCUCUACUGUGAGCAAGAUGAGCAGCUUGUUUGCUCUUUGUGCACAGUGGAUGAGCACAAGGGCCACGGAUGUGUUUCCGCUUCAGCACUCAAGGAUAAGGCAAAGAACCAGCUGGCUUUAAACCAAAGUAAAAUCCAGGACAAAGUCCAAAAGAAAGAGAAGGAGCUGAAAGAACUGAGCCAAGCUGAGGAGAGUCUCAAGAGUUCUGCUCUGAUUUCCCUGAACGACUGUGACAAGAUCUUCGACGAGCUCAUCUCCUCCAUGCAAAGAAAACAGAGCGAGGUGAAGCAGCUGAUUAAAGUCCAGGAAAAAACUGCCACCGCUCAGGUGGAGGACCGCCAGUCUCAGUUGAAGGAGGAGAUUACAAAACUGAAGAGAACAUACGCUGAACUGGAAAAAGCUUCGGAUGCAGAUGACCUCAUAUAUCUGAUGCAGCAUCUCUCCACUUCCUGGGAUUCUCCAGAUGGCUCACCUGGAGCUCCUCCUCAACGCUCUUUUAAAGACAUAACCAAGUGUUUGUCUGAGCUCAAAGAUAAAUUGGAAAUGUCACUGAAAGAAACAUGGCCCAGGAUCUCAGCCACAGUUUCAUAUGUUGACUUCUCUCUACCUCCGGCCCCCAGCAGCAGAGAAGAGCUUUUACGUUAUGUUUAUCCCCUCACACUAGAUGGGACCUCAAACUAUCGUUAUCUCCACCUGAUAUGCGAGAAUCGCAGGAUGAGGCCUUCACCCGGCCAGGCUUCAGCGCAUCUGGGCAGGUUCACUAAAUUUCCCCAGGUGCUGUGCAGAGAGGGUUUGGCAGACCGGUGUUACUGGGAGGUAGAGGGACAUGCUCGCACUCUGUCUGUAGCAGUGGCUUAUAAAAACAUCAGCCGGACAUCAGAUGAGUCACAGUUUGGAAAAAAUGACAAGUCCUGGAGUUUAGACUGCACAGCAGACGGCUUUUUAUUCUGUCACAAUAAUGUAGAAACCAAAGUGCCCGGCUCUGGUCUCUGCAAGAUUGGAGUCUUCCUGGAUUAUAAAGCAGGUACUCUGUGUUUUUAUCGUGUCUCUGACCCAAUGGUUCUAAUCCAUCAAGUCCAAACUGCAUUCAUCCAACCUCUUUAUCCUGGGGUUGGGAUAAAUUAUGAAUGGUAUGAUACUGGAGUAUUUGCACAGCUGGUUAAGUUAUGGUAAAUCUCUUCGAAGUGAUAGAGAUGUUAAAUAUUUUAAGACCCCAUCUCUAAAGGAUUUUGUCAUCCAUCGCUAAAGCAUAGCACACAGAAGUGGAAGGUAUAAAAAUACAAAUUCUUCGUUACUAUACUUAAGUAGAAUAUUCAGGUAUCUGUACUUGAGCUUCUACCUUUUUUAAACAAAUAUGUGUAAUUUCGACUCUUUACAUUUUCAGCACAGACUCAUUUAGUUUCAUCUAUAGGGCUUAUACUCGGGGGUUAAAGUGGGC